GGAGCCCAUUGUGAUGUGCUUUGACUCCAUGGUUGUCAUGGUCCUGUGUAGCCAGUCUGCAGGUGCUGUGCUCAGGAGAGCUGCAAGUGUCCUGCUCCAGCAGGAGUGGAGAAAACAGCAAAAGAAUAAUGCUGCCCAUUGGCACCCAUCGAGCGUGGGUCGUCAUGGUCCUGAUCCUGCUUUGUAGCAUCCAUUCACUUCUUGCAGCGCCAGUGCAGCAAGGUUUAGGACAAAGUGAAGCAGCACCCCACAGUCCCAACAUGACACUGAAAGGUGUAUUCGAAUCUCUCUUAAGCUUCUUCAGGCCAAUGACAUGCCGUCUCAGCAACGAGCAACCCUUAAUUCCUUGUCACGUAGAAAGCCUUAAUAAAUCUGAAUGCUUGAAAAAUCACUGUUGUCCUAUGAAAAUUGGCCAGGACCUGCAGUGUCACAUGCCGGUUAAAGACGAUGUGCAACUGGCAAUUCGACUGAUUUUGCUCACCGGAGGAGGAUUUUUGAUUUUGGGGCUUCUACCAAUCUGCUGCUGUGCCAUUUUACAGAGAAGUCCAUGUAUCAAUCCUGUACAAGGGAUAAGCAAAAAAGUUCGGCAGAUUGCACGAGAGAGAAGAGAACGUCGUGAGGAGACUAAUGAUGAAGAGGUUCAUUUACUGGAUUGACUUAAGAAAGAACCAUGAGGACAAAAAACAGGAGUGUAUAGGAACAUCCACCUCCUCUUGAAGACCAAGCUGAAGACACCAGGAUUAUUUGACUACCUCCUAGAAAAUGACACGUUUGGUUUUAGUAUUGAAGUAAUACAAUGUUGUUAACCCUUGAUAAUACUAUUGAUUUUGCAAUAAAAGUUCUUCAUUCACA